GUUCGCAUUUAAUAAGCAUUCAAUAAACGGUUGUUAUCGAGGAAGAUUUUAAAUCUUCGUACCGCCUCUACGUUUCACAAUCAGCUGAUGCGCAAAAUUUUUGUUUGUGUACCGAACACACUGUUCACAGUUGCAUUUGACGUCUCCCAGAGUAAAAAAUAAUUCAUAACUUAUUUUAAAUUACUUUGAUUUUUGACUUCUCGGUUGUCGAAUUUUGAAAAAAAAUGGCUGUCAAUGCAGCGAAAGCAAUUUUGAAGCAAGGCAAAACUGCCCUUUUUAUAUGUGAUAUGCAAGAGAAGUUUUCUAAAAUCAUAUUUGAAUUUGAUAAGAUAACAAAAAAUUCAUCUAAGUUGAUUCAAGCUUGCAAAAUACUAAAUGUUCCAAUGUUGGUUACUGAACAACAUCCAAAGGGUUUAGGCCAUACUGUGCAAUCAUUAGAUAUAUCAGCUGCACAAGGUCCUUUUGCUAAAACUCAAUUCAGCAUGUAUACUCCUGAGGUUAAGCAAGUUGUAUCAACAAUGUGCAAUUCCAAACCACCAGAAUCCAUUAUUUUAGUUGGAAUUGAAUGUCAUGUAUGCGUGGAGAAUACUGCAAUUGAUUUAAGAAAUCAUGGUUUUGAAGUACAUACAGUCGCAGAUUGCUGUUCUUCUCGAACUCAAGAAGAUAGAUUACUUGCAUUGGAGCGAAUGAAACAAAUUGGGUGUCACAUAGCUACAUCUGAGAAUGUUAUAUUUAAACUCUUAGGGGAUGCUAUGCACCCAGAUUUUAAGAAGGUGCAAAAAUUAUUGCUAGAACCAUCAGUUUACACUGGUUUAGUACCCUCUUCUAAAAUCUAGAAUACCU